CACAAACAACAUGCGUCACAUGGUGCGUAGGGCAGACAGCCAUCGCACUCAGCUGGGCAUAGAGACCUUAGGACCAGAACUACUGGUUAUAUUUUCAUAUUUUUAACCACAGAUCAUGUAAAUCUUAUAGUGGUCGUUUCUAAGGGACUUCUAUUCUUAAUAGACCCUGUGACAUCAUGGCGUGUCCCUUAUCAGGCGAACCCCGGGCUUUGGGGCCUGGUGAAGAUCAUCCAGAGUCUGCAUCAGAGACCCGGGCGCCCGUUCGACCCCAGCCGCCUCAGCAGCACCCUCAGCCGGCGUGCGUGAACGCUGCCGCCGCGGUCAUGGUGGAGGCUCUGGAUGAUGCAGAGGGGCUCUUUGUAGCCGUGGAGAGAUGUCCGCUCUGCAACACGGCCAGACGCAGACUGACCUGCGCCCGCUGCAUACAGAACGGCGAUUUCGUGUAUUUUGACGGGAGAAAUCCAGAGAGGUAUUCAGAAAAGCUUCAACGACUACAAAAGCUCAAAAAUGAAAAGGAGAAUCUUCAACAGAGAGUCAUCAAAGCCAUGGACAAGAAGGUCCAGGCAGACCAGCUUAGGUGGAAAAUCAUGUCAUGCAAGAUGAAAGUCCAGCAACUCAAAGAGGCCAUCUGCACCGGCAAUGAAGAAGUGAAGAGCGGCAAGGAGCUGUUAUUGCGUUCUCAGGAGGAAGGGCAGCGACUGCAGCGCAGGGCCAGCCGACAUCAGGAAAAGAGGGACAAAAUUAAGCGCCAUAACCAACGUCUAGGCGAGCUUCUGGAGAAGAGAUCCAAAGAGCUGCAGGCGAGGCUGGAGGUCCUGGCUGAAGUGCGGAGAGAGCACAUCCUGGAGGUCACCACUCACAUCUUCAACAUCCAGGAGGAGAAGCAGGGCAGCAGGGACCCAGCAGAGGCUGAGAAUGACCUUGCUCUGACCUCCAGCACCGUCAGUGAACUCGCAGAGGCGAGGCGAAUCACCUACAGCUCAGGCCGCUGGAUCUGGGACGAUCAGAACGGAGAGACGAGCAUCAGUAUCACUGGGCCACACGUCACACUUCCCAGUAAUGGAGACUGCUCAGCCUAUUACAGCUGGGUGGAGGAGAAGAGUGGAAAUCAGGGGCCAGGUACAGAACUUAUAGAGUUGGACCACAUCAACCCGGCACACACCAUCAGUGCCGCCCUCUGCUAUGCUACACAGCUCAUCAAUAUCCUGUCUCAUAUUCUUGAUGUCAACCUUCCGAAAAAAUUGUGCAACAGUGAGUUCUGUGGUGAUAAUCUGACCCGCUACCGAUUCACCCGUGCUGUAAACAAACUUAACACCAACAUCCUGCACCUCUGCUUCUCACAGCAUGUUGACAGCGAGCUGCUUCAUCCUCAUCACACUUUGAGGAAUAUAAUAUUUCUGGUGUCUCCAGCAAACAAGAAACUUGGCAGAACCGGGCCGUUUGAGGUGAGUGCUGACUUGGAAGACUCUAUGGAGUUUGUGGAACCAGAGGCGGCUGGACCAGCGGAGGAGAGCGGAGAGGAGGCUGUGACGGAUGAAGAAACAGACUUGGGCAUAGACUGGGAGACGGUUCCAAGCCCUCGCUUCUGUGACAUCCCUUCCCAGCCUAUGGAUCUGUCCCAGAGCGGCAUGCAGGCAUCCCAGCCAAUUGGCAAUGCAGGGGGCAUGAUCUCCUCUGCGGCUGCCUCUGUCACGUCCUGGUUCCGCACCUAUACCGGGCAGCGCUGAGAUCCGGUGGAUGUGGGGGUGGUUCAACCGGUUAGACCUAUGCAAACACCCCAUUACUGUCAUUCUCACUUAUGUCAGCUUGGCCAUUGGGAGAAAUAAAGGGAAGUUUCAUCUGACUGCUCAUACUGAAUAAAUGUGUGGUUUUAUUGCAGGACGGAAGAGUGUAAUGAACUACUUUUGCAGCUCACUUUUUACUGUAGACACCACACACCAGUCAACUUUAUCCAGUGUACAUUGCCAAAUAUUUUUGUUUGCUCAUCGAUGCAGAAAUUGUACAUUCGAAGCAUGGACAGACUUGCUUUUAGAGUUUGUUUGAUGGAUUGCACCUUUUCACCAGCUCUUCAAAGAAUCCUACUGUAUAAAUGUUGCUGGACUUGUCUGAGAGAUUGGCAGAUAUUAUUGGUGUGUCUUGUUCUAUUAGAUUAUACAUUUUCAAGAGGAAUGGUAUUUUAUGGACAAAUAAUUUUUUCCCCUUUAUAUUUCCUCAACCACUGCAGAUUGCAUUGGGCGGAAAUAUCCUGCUUUAUCCAUUGGGAGAGAGGCUGGCUGUCUAUUUGCUCUUAGGAUUAAUGUACAAGUUUAUUUUUUUACCAUCUUUAGUUGUUGGAAAAAAAUAUAUACAUAUUUACUAUGUUUCACUGUAGAAAUGUUUUAUUUGUAUUAUCAGACUUUUCCAAUUAUUAAACAGAAUAUCUCUCUGAAA